AUGAUCCAGACAAAUUCCCAUUGUGGCGUCAAGUUCCUCGUAAAUUAUUCGCGCAAUGAUUACCUCGCUAGUCCAAGCCCAGCCAGUUUCCGUUCAUUUCAGUCCACUGCGUUCCUCGAUUUUUCCGAGUCACCGUCAAUCAAUGUCCGCUCCUCGCAAAAUCAUCACCUCGAAGGCAGACUGUCCGGUUCUUCAUCGGAUGACCUAUGUACAACAGCGCCGCAAGCUUCGGCGAAUACCUCAGCCGGAGAGAAAAAGGUUGGCGAAAGAACCGCCAGCAUCAGAGUAAAACCGAAGCCCGCCGAAUACCUCUCCAAAGCUUUGCGGAAUAGCGGUCAUUCUCUUGGUCAUGUCGCUUCAUCCAUCAGUCCUCAGCGAACUCGCUCCAAUCAUUCACCGCAAACACAAAACGAGCUUAGGACAGUUGGUCGACCGAAAAAGCCAUCACUACCGGUCAUUCUUGGAGAAUAUAUACGAGAGGUAGAUCCAUUGCUUUCUUCUGCAUCGCAAGACAGCGAGAACAAGAGAUUGGACAUUGCUCUCCAGAAAGUAUUCAGACAAACAAGCUAUGAAUACUUAUCAUCGCGUGGCUAUGAUGCCACCGAUGUGACUGCCUGGGCUUGGAUCAUGAAGAGCCACAACCCGCACGAGGCAAUGAUCCGGCUAUUCUUGCUCGAAACGGAGAAGGCAAAAUAUGGUGCUUCUCGUUCAAGCAUUCCAUCUUUCAUCCCGCUCCAUCUUUUGCGACACCAGAACCUCGAUGCCCACACCUUCCGUUUGAUUCUGAUUCACUCUUUACAUCUCAUGAGUGGACACCCGCUUCCCAUUGCUGACACUGCUGCUGGACUUGUUGAAUGCGACAUCGGACUGUCCCUUGAGGACUUCCGCCCACAGAUCGAUUCUGGCACCUGCAUGAUUUUAGUAAUUCGCCUAAUUCGUCAUGCUCGGCGUGUGUGGCCGCAAGCACUUCUCACUAUUGCACGUGCAUUCGCUCGCUUCCUCUCAGCUCCAAAGGCGAAUGGGAUUGAGAGGUCUAUUUUGGCCCGGCGACAUGAUGAUCGCGUCAAAACGGAGAAAUUCAAUCAUUGUCUUUGGUUACUUUCCCUACCAGCCAACAUUGCUCCUUACCGCUCAACGACUAUCCAACAGCAAGCCCAGUUCGAGCUUCUCCGGGCUAUGGCUACCCACAAGCCUGUCCUUCCUGUCACCAGAAAAGGAUAUCGCGCAGUCGUUGCUGUUCAGUUGGCCCAUAAGAAAACAUUUGAGGAGCGACAGUCUGCUGAACUAAAAGCUCCGUCAUGGCCUCCAUGGAAAGAAGAGAGGCUAGGGAUGGACUUUCAGCGCGGAAAUGAAGGAAUGUACAGUCGUGCGAUGCAGGUCCUCUCGCAAAUGAAAGAUGCUGGAUAUUCCCACCGACUUUGGGAGGAUAUAUCCUCGAUUUUGGCUGGUUGGGAUACCGAUCGCAGUCCAACAGUGCAAACGAGGGCUAUGAUGCGUCGCCCACAGGCUUUACCAGACAAACAUGGAUCCAAGUUUCAUCACUAUGAAAUUUGGGUUGCGCGGAUUCGUUCCACGAGGACCGUCCAAGCCGAUUUUGACCAGAUGAGCCAAGCCCUGCCAGGCGAUGGUCGCGAAGUGUAUCCCGAACCAGCUUCUGCGCGUGAUAUCAUCUAUGUGCCCACAGAACCGCCUACCUUGGAUGAGUUCUUCGACCAGAUGUGCUCGCAGGGCCUUCGGCCUUCUGGGAGAUUCCUCGGGUUACUUCUUCAGUCCGCGACUUCUCUCCGUUCAGGGUUACAUUACCUUCAGUGCAGUGGCCUGGCAGAUGCGCAAAUCGCGGCCCUUUCCAUUAUACGGGCCAAGUCCCGCAAAUACCACAAUAUGGACCUCGAAGCUUUCCACCAAUUGCCGGAUUUCGUGUUUGCGUCAUUCAUCAAGUUCUUAUGCGUGCAUUCGGAUAUCACCAGCCUGGAGGUUGGUAAUCGAAAUAUUCUCACUGCCGACCGUUUCCCGGCCUUGAUUGCCCCCGACUGCUCGACUGGCCCAAAAUUGGAUCUUCUCAGAUAUUCAGAGGAAAAUCCCGAAAAUCAACAACACCCCAGGGCUUUAUGGCAUGCAAUUCAAUUGACCAAAUUACGACGAGUUCCUUACAACCCGGCCUGGAUCCACAUCUUGUCUGGCCUCACCCGUGAACGCCUCAACAGCACUCAUGGCCCAAGGAGCAGGAGCCUUCAACGCAUACUUGCAUGGCAUCAGGCUCUGAGAGCAUUGUCCUGGAUGCGGCAGCGUGAAGUCGAUCUUGGUGAAGAGGGAUUCAGAAUUCUAUGUUCAGCGUUUGGAAAAGCCGUCGAUUCCGCUCUUAGACAUCCUGGCACUGCUGAACAAAGCUUUGCGCUAAUCCAAAAAGCUCGCAUUCGUCGUCUCAAAACUAAAAGCGAAGGUGAUGACGACCUUGAAGCUUUGUUACAACAUGGGCUGCAUGUUUUGAAGAAUCAAUUUGAUCAUCUCGUUCUGCCAGCUUCUAAAACUUCGGAGCAUGCAGAGCGAAGUGUCUUCACAGCAAAGGACGAUCCCGAUGCACAGCUUAGCGUUCCUUCAAUGCUGCAAACCCCAUCACCUGCCACACUGCAUGCCUUCGUUCGGGCUUUGGGGUCCGUAGGAGAUGACGAAGGGCUGUUACAUUUGCUCCAAUGGAUGAGUCAAUCAGCUGAUUUGCUCAAACAAACUGCAGAUGAGCAUUCAAAUGGAGAGAAAAUGAUGCGUCGAACUCUUGUGGCGAUCAGAGUGUUCCUCGAAAGACGACAGCAACGAAUCGACACGCGGGUACCGUCGGACCUGAUCGCGGAGGCAUACGACCUUGUCAGCCGGACAGGCUGGGACUGGCCGAGUGAUGCGGAGGUUACAGAAUAUUGCCAGUGA